CCCGUCUCGACCUCCCCAGACCACACUGCGGUCAUCAUCCCCCACCCAAACCCACAACAAUACUCUUCAAACACUUCGAACGCAUCCCCCACACUCCAGGAACCGAAUCAGAAACUCCCACACACCGGCAAACCACCUGACCCUGCUAGAGCUUUUUUCCUCAAACUAAAAUUAAAAUACAGCCUCCAAAUCCUCCUGAUGAUUCAAUCCCAGAAGAUGACGACAUGCUAAUCGAGGAUAGAAUAAAUCAACCAGAGGAUGGCUUGAAUACUGAGAGGUCAAUGGAUCCAAGACCGUCGGUCACAAUGGAGUUCCCGCCUAAUUCCGGACAAUUCCGUUUGCUAUCUCACCGCAGUGUACGAUAGCCCUCAACGGCUAACAAGGCAUGCACUGUGGGAUUGUCUUGACUCUCUUGCAGAUUCGACCUUUGAACCGUGGUUGGUGUUAGGCGACUUCAACGCAAUAACAGAACAAGAAGACAAAGUAGGCGGUCGGAAAUCAGCGGGUUGCAAACAUUUUGUUAACUACAUUAACACGGCGAAUAUGUGUGAUCUCGGUUUUUCCGGCUCUAGGUUCACUUGAAAGGGAAGUGGCUAUUUUGAAAGACUAGAUAGGGCUCUAGUCGACAGCAAAUGGGAGGAUUUCUUCACUAAUACAACAGUGAAGCACUUUACCACAGGUGGCGUCUGACCAUUCCCCAUUAUUCGUCCAAUUCGACAAAAUCGGAUCAUCGGUUAGCAGCCCCAGAUUUUUUCGAUACUUAUCUGUUUGGGAGUCUCAUGAACAGUGGAAGGAAUGGCUGGGAACGAACUGGAUUUCGAGUUUAUCCCUCCAAGAUGCACUUCAAAAUCUCAUUCUGAAAAUCGAUGAUUGGAAGUAUAACAUUUUCGGUGAUAUUUACAAGCAAAAAAGGAGGACACUUGCUAGUUUAUCCGGCAUCCAGAAAGCUCUCACUAUCCACAGCUCCAAUAACCUUCUGGAAUUAGAAAAGGAACUGAGAGUGGAGUUUAAAAAAACAUCGGCCCAAGAAGAAAUCUUAAGGUCACAAACGAGAAGAUCAAUCUGGUCAGAGCAUGGAGAUAGAAACUCAAGAAUCUUCCAUAGACUUCAUAAAGGCAAAUCCAGCAAAUCGAAAAUAAUGGAAAUGUAGCUUGAAAAUGGUUGCUGGACCUCAGACCCGAAAGUCUUGAUUCACGAGGCUACAAUCUUCUUUAGAGAUUUAUAUACCACUACUGCACCGGAUUUACAUACACCCUACCAUGUCAAAGGAAAAUUUCCGAGCCUAAAUCCGAGGCAGCUUGGUCAUUUGAAUAUGCCGGUUCAAGAAAACAAGGUUAAAGAUGCUGUCUUUGAUAUGGACUCAUCGAAAGCAGGGGGAGCAGAUGGCUUCAAUGCAGGUUUUUACAAAAACAACUGGGAAAUCAUCAGCCAAAGCGUCCUCAAAAUGGUGAAGGAAACCUUCGAUUCCGCGGACUUAAUCCGACAAUGAAUCAGGCUAUGAUUGUUCUUAUCCCUAAAGUCUACCCGCCGGAGUCUUUCCAAAAUCUUAGACCGAUUAGUCUUUUCAAUGUCUCAGCGAAGGUCGUCUCAAAGGUGGUGGCUAAUCGACUCAAGAGAAUCAUGCCGUCCCUUGUCUCGCUGACCCAAUCUAGCUUCAUUAAGGGCAAGAGCAUCAUCGAUAAUAUUUUGUUUUUGGAAUGAGAGAGAUUGGAACAAAUGGAUUUUAACUAACUUAUCAUCUUCUCCCUCUUCUUCACAUGACUCCUACAACAUGUCUACUCUUUUUGCGGUAGGGUGCUGGAAGCUAUGGACAACAAGAAACGAGGAUUUUUUCUCUGGAGAAUACAUCAACUUCAGGAGCCUGGCUCUCUCAAUUAAAGCAGCGGCGAACGAAAUUCGCCGGCUCCAUCCCAGAACUCAUUCACCAGCAAGUACCCCUUCCACUCUGACCGCAGUUCCAAUUUGGGAACCCCCACCAUGGCAGUGGAUAAGGCUCAACACGGACGGUGUAGUUUCCAUCGCUUCAAGUGAUGCAGCUACAGGUGGUCUUCUCCGCAACCACGAAGGCCGAUGGAUCUCAGGGUACACAGCGAAGUUAGGCUUCUGUUCUGUCUUGGAAGCGGAGUACUGGGGCAUUUUUUUUUGGAUUAAAGAUUGCCUGGCAGCUUGGUUUUAGAAAGAUCCAGUUGCAGCUUGACAAUAUCACGGUUGUCAAUGCUCUAACGGAAGAGGACGCAUCAUUCGCCUCUAGCAAUGUCCUCUUGUGCAUAAGAGCCCUCAUUCAUCGCCAUUGGCAACUAGAAAUUUCACAUAUCAGAAGGGAGGGUAACGAAGUUGCCGACUCUUUAGCAAAACUAGGUUUAUCUAGUGCACCGGGGUUACAUAUUUUGUCGGCUCCCCCCCUCCCCCCCCUCCCGGAUAUAGCUUUAGCCAAGCUAUCUUUUGACUACCCUCCGCCCCUUCCCGGAGUGGGCUAGAUAUCUAGUCUUUUUGUAAGCUAAGCGAAAGCUUCCCCAGUAUAUAAAAAAAAUCUUAUUAUAAACAUUACUAAAAUUCAAUAGAACAAACAUAUAUGCUGAUGGAAACAUACUGGUUACUUGAAAAACAUAUGACUAUAUGGUAAAUAAUAUGUUGUUCCUAGGAACACAUUGCAACGUGGUCCUAGUAGGUGCGUGUGAUACAAAUAUGCCAAAAAAAGAGUGAGUAUUUUAC